UUUCCUAACAUCACCUCACGCUUUGUGUAGAACGUAGUGAUUAUAUGCUCUUUGGCUUUGUGGAUAUGCCAGCUGGUGUUUUAAAUAUUUAAAAAAAUAGUUAAUACAAAAUGCCGGAUUCUGAAUCAAAGAAAAAUCUGCAAAAGAAAGGAAAACAUGAUCCCAAAGAGCAAAGAAAACCUCGCCAGCAGCGGAAUCAAGGAUCCGGUGAAAAGAAAUCUGAAAAAAGAACAGAAGAAUCUAAAGUUGCUGCUCCUGAAAAACCAGCAUUUGAAGAGCCUGGGCCAGAAUUCUACAAAGGCUUAAAAAGAGAAACGGAUGACAUCCUCAAAAUAACUGAGGAUGCCAACUCUAAGUACAAGAAGAAAGAGAUUAAAAGCAACUGGUCCAAGUAUGAGGUCCCGAUAGAGAGUUAUGAUGAUAUUGAGGAACAGGAGAAUUUGGGGGCUGAUUAUGAGAAACUCAUACAAGCACCCAUGUCACUUGGUGGCCAUUUCCAAUUCAAACAUGAGAAGUCCUGGGACAUUACCACAGGCCCAUCUCUCUAUGACAAGUACUUUGAUAUCACCGGAAAUGAUCUUGCGACUGCUCUUUGCACCAUACCGUUUUAUGAAAGAAAUGGCAUUGAUAAAAGUAUAUUCACUGAGACAGACACACAAACCAUGGACCACCGCACAUCUAGAUAUAAACAUAAGUACUUUAAAAUAGCUACAAUCGAGUCAGAAAUUCAAGACAAACUAAUCGAUAGUUUAAAAGAAGAUUUAAAAGAACAAGAACAAAGUAAUUUAGAUGAAAAUGUUCAUGACGAGCGAAAAUCUGAAUCUGAAGUUGAUAAAAAUAAUGAAAUUAAUUUUGAAGAAUCAAAACUGCCUAAGACUGAGCCAUCUAGUAAUCAAAUAGAAAUAUUAUUCAAAAGUAAUCAAGAUGAUCAUAAAAUAGAAACAAUAGUAAAAGAUGACAAGGAAUGCAGGGAAAUAGAUGAUAUUAUUGUUGACACGACGAAAAAAUUGGAUUUAAAUAAGAAGCAAGAAGUAACUAAGUCCAACCCUGCUCCUGAGAAAGUUGUAAAUAUAGCUGCACCUACUACAGGACCCAAGAAAAAGCCAGUUAUUGAAUCUCCCGAGGAUCUCGAAAAAUGGCUUGAUGACUUCUUAGAAGAAUAAAGUAACAAUCAUCGUCUAGGAAACUCAUCAUCAUCAUGUCAGCCGAUAGACGUCCACUGCUGGACAUAGGCCUCCCCCAAGGCUCGCCACUCCGACCGAUCCUGUGCCGCUCGCAACCACCGAAUUCCCGCGACCUUCACCAGGUCGUCGCUCCACCUCGUUGGAGGCCUACCGGCAGUUCGUCUUCCGGUACGCGGACGCCACUCCAGAACCUUCCGGCCCCACCGGCCAUCAGUUCUGCGAGCUGCUAGGAAACUAUUGGAUGAAUAUUGUUUUGUAGGCGUCAGAUCUAUCAGAGCUGCUAAAAUAUCCCAUCAUGCAGUCUAAUAGGUCCGUCCAGACGAGAUUGUCAAUUUGAUCAGAAAAAAAAUUGGCGACAAUCUCGUCCACAAUUUCAUAGUGCAUUGGCAAGCCAAUGUCCUUCAUUUUCAUUUUUGCGUCAUUUCAUUUCAUCUUGACAAUUACCCAUCCAAAAAAUGUGCAAAAAAUUGUCCCGUCUGGACUGGCCUUAACCCUUGACAAUAGCGUGUUUAGAUGUUUAUGAUGAGUGCCUUGGGUUGGGUGCUUCGUUGUAUCUGAUGGCGACAAAAAAAUGAGGUCUGCUUGAAAAUUAUAUUGUUUAUUUUAUAAUCAUGUUAUAUAAAAAUGUGUGAACUGGU